AUGUCACUGCAGUGCGCCCAAGUGCUGCUGCAGGAGCUCAGACAGCUCUUCUCCAACCCGAGUGCAGGCAUUUCUAGUAAAUUCCCAGCUGGUGGAUACACAAUUCGUAAUGUUGCUCGGUGUUGGACUUACGAGAUUGCAGUUGCCCUCGAUUGUGAGAUUCCCAAUGAAUUGCCAUAUAAUGAUUACUUUGAGUAUUUUGGCCCGGACUUCAAACUGCAUAUUAGUCCUUCAAACAAAAACCAGAACACUCCAGAAUAUAUGGAAAAGAUAAAACAGCGUUUAUUUGAAAAUUUACACAUGUUACCUCAUGCACCUGGCAUCCAGAUGCAAGCUAUUCCAGAAGAUGCUGUUCAUGAAGACAGUGGAGAUGAAGAUGGAGAAGACCCAGACAAGAGAAUUUCUAUUAGAGCAUCAGACAAACGAAUAGCUUGUGAUGAAGAAUUCUCAGAUUCUGAGGAUGAAGGAGAAGGAGGACGUAGAAAUGUGGCUGAUCAUAAGAAAGGAGCAAAGAAAGCUAGAAUUGAAGAAGACAAGAAAGAAACAGAGGACAAAAAAGCAGAUGUUAAGGAAGAAGAUAAAUCUAAGGACAAUAGUGGUGAAAAAACAGAUACCAAAGGAGCCAAAUCAGAACAGCUCAGCAACCCUUGA